GUCCAGACAUUGCUGCAGCAGAUGCAGGAUAAAUUCCAGACCAUGUCAGACCAGAUCAUUGGAAGAAUCGAUGAGAUGAGUGGCCGCAUCGAUGACCUGGAGAAGAACAUUGGUGACCUGAUGACCCAGGCUGGGGUGGAGGAGAUGGAGGCGGAGAACAAGGUCAAGGAGGAACAGGGCUCUGCUUAAAAGGUUUCCAAGUAACAGGACGGUGGAGACUAAAUGGGAAACAGACAGUUUUUCAGYAGUAUUGUAUAUUUAAGUUUUGAUUUACUGUGUAUGUAACAUGUUUUAUAUUUACAGUCAUAUUAACUCUUGUAAUAAUGUUCACUCUUGACAUUUUUUUUGUUUUGUUUUUUAAUUGAUAUUUUACUUGAGACACUAUCCUGAAUAAUGGCUCACUCAGGUGACUCACUGGGCCAGUAACUGAUUAUGUCAACUAGCCAAUUGAACAUUUUAACAAUAUUUCAACACAAAACAUUUACUGCUAUUCAAAUGUUCUAAAAUGUUGUGUGUGUUAAGAUUUCUUUACUUUCAGUCUUUUUCACAAUAAACCAGGGCUUGCAUACA